UCGGCGGCCGCCCCAUCCGGCAGCCGGAGCGGGCGGGAUGCUGCGGGCCGGGCGGAGGCUCGGGGCCCGGCUGGGGUCUGUGUGGCGGUGGGCCCCGCCGUCCCGUCCCAGGGCUCGGGCCGCCCCAGGGCCGCGCCCCUGCUGCCCGGAGCCCGCCUGGCCUCGCGGGCUCUGCAGCGCCCCCGGGCCGGGCGGCGCCGUGGGGCGGGUGGAGGCCGCGCACUACCGGCUGGUGUACACCUGCCAGGUCUGCAAAACACGGUCAGCAAAAACGAUUUCCAAACUAGCGUAUCAUAAUGGCGUGGUGAUAGUAAAGUGUCCUGGUUGCAAGAAUCAUCACGUCAUAGCAGAUAACCUGGGAUGGUUUUCAGAUUUGGAGGGGAAAAGGAACAUUGAGGAAAUCCUAGCAGCCAAAGGGGAGAAAGUGAGACGUGUGGUUGGCGAGGAUGCCUUGGAACUGCUCCCGGAGAGGACUGCAGAGACAGAGUCUCAAAACCACCACACAGAGGGAGAAGGUGGGGGAAGGUCCUCGGAGUCUGGAGGCAAGGGAACAACCUGAUCAACAGAGUUCCCUCUGCUCUGCACUUGGCAGAGAAAGACUUUGCCAUUUCUCUCCCCCUUUCAACUUUGUGUUUUUUUAUUUUUAAAUAAAUUCAAGAUCAGGGAA